AUGUGUACCUCUUUUUCACUACAUGAGGGUGAUAGAGAUGCAGUAAAACCGAUUUUUGCCCAUAUUGGAUGGGUUUUUGUCAACUCCCCACCCCCAACGCAGUAUACAUUGGCAUACAUGCAGGUAUGUGGCUUGCCUUCUACGCCUUUCGCUGUUGUUAUUAUUAUUAUUCCCUUCACAAAACAACAGGAGUGUAAACGUUUUCCCUACUACUUGCGUGUAUGUGGAGACACACGUGCAUUUUUUUUUCGGCAUUUCCUUGCUUCGUUUUUCCUUUUACCUAGCAGAAACACUUUUGCAUCGUACACCAACCCCGACUGUGUACCGCGCUGGAGUGUAUCAAUGCCAGUCCGAAAGAAGCAACGGCGCGAAGUGGUCGUGGCAGACGCCGAUGCUGGUGACUCUGGUGAUGAGGACCAAAAGAGGAAUGCAGUCGUUAUGACGCGCCUUGUUAGUGAAACUGGGGAACCGGUGGGAACGCAAAUCCUCUUGCCAGUUAACGCGACACCAAAGCAGCUGGACGACCUGCUCAACAGCAUGAUAGGAAAAGAAGCAGAGGGAACGCCCUAUGCGUUUUUUAUAGGAGGUGAGCAAGUUAACGAUAGUGUCCGGGAUACGCUCUUCCAGAAGCAGCGGGAUGAUUAUGUUGAUACCAUGUUGAAGGAGGGAAGGCGCGUGAGACCACAAGACGUGGAAAAACUGACUUUUGAGUUGCCAGAAGAAGCUGUUGUUGAAAUUCAGUUUAAACCGCAAGCGAAGUUUAAGGUGCGGCCUGUGACACGUUGUUCGGGGAAACUUGACGGCCACAGUGAGGCUGUGCUUAUUGUGAGCUUCUCGCCCGAUGGUGAGCUCCUCGCCACGGGUGGUGGUGACAAAGAAAUACGGCUUUGGGAUGUGCAUACACUGACCCCAACAGAGGAACUCAAGGGACAUACCAGUUGGGUUCAGGUGUUGUCGUGGUCCCCAGACGGGAAGUACCUCGCGAGUGGGAGUAAAGAUGGUUCUCUCAUUGUUUGGUCAGGUAAUGGGGAAAGUGGCAAAUACAAGGGAGCUCGUCACAAGGCGCACUCAGCUUAUCUGACCCAUGUAUCGUGGGAGCCUCUGCAUGUGAACUCCUCGUGCAAUCGGUUUGUGUCCGCUAGCAAAGAUACGACCCUUAAGGUCUGGCAUACCGUGACUGGUCUUCAGUUUUCUCUUUCGGGGCACCAGGCGGGUGUGACUUGUGUGAAGUGGGGUGGGGAGGGAAGAAUUUAUUCAUCUUCCCAAGACCGUACCAUAAUUAUUUGGGACUCAAGUAACGGCGCCCCCCGCAGCGUGCUUCGUGGACACGCACACUGGGUGAACUUCAUUGCAUUAAGCACAGACCUCGUCAUUAGGACUGGUGCCUUCGACCAUGAGUGCCGGAAGUUCGAUACCCGUGAGGAGAUGCAGCAGUACGCAACAGCGCGCUACCAGGACGUGUUGGCACGACUUGAUGGCCGCGAGCGACUUGUUAGUUGUUCUGAUGACAAUACCAUGUUCCUGUGGUCUCCUCAGCGGCAGGUUACGCCACUCGGGCGAAUGACCGGCCAUCAGGGUGCCAUUUUCCACAUCCAGUUCAGCCCCGAUGGUACCAUGAUCGCAUCUAGUUCAGCCGACAAGAGCGUGAAACUGUGGAACGCUUCAGACGGGAAGUUCAUCACGACAUUUAGGGGACACGUGGCGGCUGUGUAUCAUGUCAGCUGGAGUCUGGAUUCUAGGCUUCUAGUCUCGGGGAGUAGAGACUCCACGCUGAAACUGUGGUCAGUAUCCAAACGCGAGCUUGUUGAAGAUCUCUCGGGACAUAGCGAUGAGAUUUUUUCCACUGACUGGAGUCCCGACGGCCAGCGGGUCGCCACUGGUUCCAAGGACAAGAAAGUUCUAAUUUGGGUCCACUAA